AUGACGACCACCACCAACGGCAUCGACGAAGGACUCGCGUCUGCCUUCAGACAGCACCUGCCAGAUCUCACCUCUCCUCGCUUCACAACUUCGGCUCAGCAGAGUCCAUAUGAAUACUCUGAGGCUUUUCAGAAAACCGGACAUCCACCUUGGCUUUACAAGCUUACGAAAGCAUGGGAAGACCUUCUCGAGGAGCCUUUCCAGGGAGUGACAACAGAUGGCAAGAUUCGUAACGAUGUAUUCCAGGAAGAAGACUUCGCAGGCGCUGAAAUGGACAAAAUCGUAAACGCAACGAACACACUGCUUGACAAAUUAGACUCAUCACAAAAGUCGAAGGUUCAGUAUUCGCUCAAUGCAAAAGAGUGGCGCUGCUGGUCCAACCCCGAGUUCCUACUCCGACCAUUUGGCCUCAGAUUGGAAGAGCUGCCGGAAGAGACAGCACAAUCCAUCCUGAGUAUCAUGGAAGCCACUUUCUCCUCGGCCGGCUAUGAAAAGGCACUUGCCGCCAUGCGGGUCAACCACUUCUUGGGCGAGGUGUGCAAAGUCCCCAGGAUCAUGAAUCAAUACUCGUACAACUUUCUCCUCUUCGGCAAGCCAUCGGCAGAACAAGCCUGGGGCUGGUCGAUUUAUGGUCACCAUUUGUGCCUGAAUGUCUUCCUUAAAGGCAGCCAGAUUGUCGUUGCCCCAUACUUCACCGGAGCUGAGCCAAAUCUGAUCGACAGCGGUCCGUGGAAGGGUACACAGAUCUUGCAUACGCAAGGUGAUCUGGGCCUCAAGCUCAUGCAGAGUCUUCCAAAAGAGCAACAGCAAGUCGUACAGACUUACAAGCUAUUGAGAGACCCCGCGAUGCUACAGACCGGGGACGUUAAGAUUGAUCGCUGGAACCAGGACGAUCAACGGCACCUGUGCGGCGCCUUUCGAGACAACAGAGUAGUGCCUUACGAGGGCGUGAAAGUGUCCGAGAUGACCAACGAACAGCAGGACAUCGUUCUAGAAAUUGCAGAAGAAUUUCUCCUUUACUACCCAGACCAGACCAGAGCGAAGCAGAAGCAGCUUAUUCAGAAGCAUUUUGACGACACUUAUUUCAGCUGGAUUGGCGGUUACGGAGGCGACGAUGCAUUCUACUACCGCAUUCAAAGUCCGGUCAUCAUAUUCGAGUUUGACCACCAUUCUGGCGUCUUUUUGACCAACACCGAGCCCGCCAAAUUCCAUACACACACGAUUUGCAGACUGCCGAAUGCAGGAGACUACGGCCAGGUGUUCCGGUCCGAGCAAGACCGUGUACCGUAA